AUGACUCUGACUGAUGUUUCGUCUAAUUCCACUCUUGACCGCUUUGAAAUACCGGCAGAAGAUGUCACCGCCAAAUGCGGUGAGUCACCUGACUUUAUGGUGCUGAUCGAUAUCUGUGUCAUGUGCACAUUUUCUGCCGCUUCUACCAGACCGCCUUUAGUCUCUUCCUUACCGCAUCCCCCUAAUACUUGGGACCAAAUGCUGAGUCAUCACCAUGCAGAUGCAUUCAGAGAAGCCGCCAACCUGGAGAUUAGCCAGCUUACUAAAAGGCACACAUGGGAUGAAAUCAAAUCAUCUGAUGUCCGCCACUUAAAUCAGACUGAAUACGGCAAUCUCCGGCAGAAUAGAUGCUAUAAGCAUCUAUUCUGCCGAAAAUAG